AUGGCAGAUAUCCAACCCUUUACCAUUUCCAUCCCUGACUCCUCCCUGUCCGACCUCAAGACUCGCCUUUCUCUCGCUCGAUUUCCUGAUGAGAUCGAUGGCGCGGGAUGGGACUACGGGGCUCCUCUAGCAGACGUUAAACGGCUGACAAACUAUUGGAAAAACCAAUACAAAUGGCGAGAAGCAGAGAAGAAACUGAACACCAUAUCUCAAUACACAACCACGAUUCAAUGCGAUGGCUUUGAACCAUUACGCAUCCACUUCAUCCAUGCCAAAUCAGAUAGAAAGAAUGCUGUACCUCUACUUUUCGUCCACGGCUGGCCAGGUAGCUUCUUCGAAGCCUCCAAGAUAUGGGACAAAUUGUCGUCUCCUGAGUCUUCUGACGCGCCCGCUUUCCAUUUCGUUGCUCUAUCCUUACCCAACUUCGGCUUCUCACAAGGGCCGAAGAAGAAGGGGUUCGCAUUGGCCCAGUACGCCGAGACAUGCAAUAAAUUGAUGCUCAGGCUCGGCUAUACCGAGUACGUCACUCAGGCCGGUGAUUGGGGCUACUAUAUCACCCGUGCCAUAUCGUUAUUGUACCCAAAGAGCUGCAAGGCUACACACGUGAACACGGACCAAGGCGAUGUUCCCAGUUGGACCCAACAUCCCAGUCUCGCUCUUCAGCACGCAAUCACUCCUUAUACGGCGGCGGAGAAGGAAGGUAUGGCGCGGACGAAGUGGUUCCUUGAACAAGGCUCAGGCUAUCGUGCACAGCAGUCUACAAAACCACAAACUCUCGGCUACGCGCUUGCAGACUCCCCAGUUGCCCUUUUAGCGUGGAUAUACGAAAAAUUACACGACUGGACAGACUCGUACCCGUGGACCGAAGACGAGGUCUGUACAUGGAUCAGUUUAUACUGGUUCUCCACCGCUGGACCGGCUGCGAAUAUGCGAAUAUACUACGAGGUUAGCCAUGAUUGGGACGACCAAGCUAGAAGAGUCACGCGGGAUCGGACGAUAAAAUACAUUGGCGGUGUCAAACUCGGGCUCAGCCAUGCACCGAAAGAGUUGAGGGUCUUGCCGUCUAUUUGGACCAGGACACUAGGCGAUGUCGUGUUCGAGAAGGCGCACGACAGUGGAGGACAUUUCUUUGCAUACGAGAAGCCCGAAUAUCUGAUAGGCGAUGUGAGAGAGAUGUUUAGCAAGAAAGGCGGUGCAUUCGGUGUGGUCCAAGGCUCGAAUGGCUACUGA